CUUCCCCCUGGCCAUGACAUGUCAUUAGUCUUAUCACUCUGGGCUUCGGUCACUUAUUGGCACUGGCAGAAUAUCAGACACACUCUUCACGGCCAAAACGCGGUAUAAAGCCGAUGGGUGGGCGAUACUAAAAGGAAGAGGCUUAGCCUUUGUGACAGAGAGAACCUAAGAAACACAUUGAGAUUUACAGGGUUACAGAGAUCGGGGUGAAAGCUGGGAGGUUAGAGAUUCUAAUGAGCUCAAAAGACGCACAUGGAUUCUUCCAGGCCGGGCUUCUUGACUGUGCGAGAUCGAAUCUAUGAUGCAUUCCUACCAUACAUAGAUAUCAUCAGGGCUUUGAUAUUCACUAUGACCGAAUGUUUCAGUUCUCGUCGACGCGUCCAGAUAUGUCGAUACGGUGCCAAAGAUCUGACACGGCUGGCUGGCGAAACCAGAUUUACAGUUAAUGAAGUGGGGGCAUUGUUUGGGCUGUUUAAGAAAAUAAGUAGCUCAAUAAUUGAUGAUGGCUUCAUUCACAAGGAGGAGCUUCAGCUGGCAAUAUUUCAUACCCCACAGGGAGAAAAUCUUUUCCUGGAUCGAGUUUUUGAUCUUCUUCUUUUUGGCCCGAAGGUAUUUGAUCUUUUUGACGAAAAGAGAAAUGGUGUUAUCGAGUUUGAGGAAUUUGUCCAUGCACUCAAUGUUUUUCAUCCUUACGCCCCAGCAGAAGAGAAAAUUGAUUUUGCAUUUAGGCUAUACGAUCUGAGGCAAACUGGGUAUAUUGAACGAGAAGAAGUGAGUGUUGUCAAGCAAAUGGUUAUAGCCAUCUUGAUGGAAUCUGACAUGAAUCUGUCAGAUGAUUAUCUUGAAGCAAUUGUUGACAAGGUCAGCUUUGUUUCACAUGUGAAAAUAUGGUUUCAAUGGGGUAGUUUGUUCAUAGGAUCUUCUUCUUCCCAGCAGACUUUUGCCGAUGCUGAUAUGGACAACGAUGGUAGAAUUAGUAAAGAAGAAUGGAAAGAUUUUGUGACUCGAAAUCCAUCUCUUUUGAGGAACAUGACACUUCCAUACCUUAAGGACGUCACCACUCUGUUUCCGAGUUUUAUUUUCGACGCCAACGUUGAAGCUUGACAACAAGAAUGAUGUUGCUGCGAGAUCAAUCGCGGAACAACGGAUCAUUCAUGGCCGUUACCCAUCAUACCAAAUCUGGAGAUUCUUCAGAAAUUGUGAAGAAUUGGUGCUUCUUUAUUGCAUAACGGUGGGAACGAAAUUAUUUAAUUAUUUAUUAGGGAUAGAAAAAGGUAGGAACAAAACCAGUGCCAGCAAAACGUCCGCGUGCCGGCGUGUGUCGGUAUGGGCGAUUGAUUCAUUGGCAUGCUAGCUUUGUAACACGUCUACAUUAAUUAUUAUAGGAGUGGCCAUAAGUAAAUAUUUGUACAGUCUUCUUUUUUUCCAAAAAAAAAAUCGAGAGAUAUGUUAUAUCCA